UGUUUUUAUCUGUCGAGGAUUCAGGGACCUGUCAUAUUUUUUUUCCCUUCGCCGCCUUUACAGUAGUUUUAACCUACUACCGCAUAACCUCCUAAUGCAAAUUUUACAAGGAGGACGUCGAGAAUGUAGUAUUGUUGACGUUACACCUUUUUAACGAUAGGUGACGGCGGUUGUCGCUUCGCACAUCCCUCAAUUCAUCCGUCCAUCCCCGAGGUCUGUCUCUUCUGUCUUCUGUCUGCUUUCCGGGCGACUGUCACCCCCCCUCCCUCCCUUUCCCUUGUCGCCCACUCCGAGACAAGCCGGCUGCCCUGCUCUGCUGUGUGGACUACCAUACUGUGGAUGACUAAGCUGACGGUUCUACGUGCCUGUGGCCGCCGGGCGGGCCGAUGCUAGGAGCCUGGAAGACGUAUCGGCGCGGGACCCGGUGAGGAGAUGUCAGAGCGGGGAUGCCUCUGCUCGGAGACAGUGUUGUAGUCGAGGGUAUACACCAGUGUACACGGUAUACCUACCUCUCUGACUCGGCUUACAAACAAUCGGAGCAACUUUUCAGCCUAACUAGCGGUGACACAUAUAUGGAUGGUGGGGUCGCAGUAUGCCCACCCCCUCAACACACACACCCCCGACACCACAGGCUGGAGGGAGUAGCAGCACCGGAGGAGCGGAGGGACCCAUGUAUGCCACCUCUGCCUCCUCCACCUCUUCGUUCCGGUUCGUCCCGGCUUUUUGCCUGGGCGUGGUGGCAGCAGUAGUGUUUCAGCUGGCCUGGGGAGGCCUGACUCUCACCUCUUUCUUCUUAAAGCUGUUCAUCUAUGUGUCAUUCGCCCUACUGUGUUUCCUGGCCGGGAGCUUUGUUCUGCUAGUCAGGAAGAGUCCUCUCAAAGUCAGCUGCUUUGACAGAAACAGAAGGCAUUCAGCUGCUCGGCUGGAGUUUUUCAACAAGCUCAUGGCUCGUUUCCUGGUGCCAGCUCAAGAGUCAAGCCAGAGCAGGAGGGUGGUGGUGUCACACAAUGUGGACAAAGCCCUGAAAGAAGUGUUCGACUACGCUUACAGAGACUACAUAUUGUCUUGGUACAUCCCGUUGAGUCGAGAUGAGGGCCAGUUGUACUCCAUGCUGUCAGAGGACUGGUGGCAGAUGAUUGGCCAGUUGAGAUCCCGGCUCGCCGACAUCGACCUAGUCAACGUGGUGUGUUACGACAGCAUCCGGAUCCUACACACACAUUUCACUGACCUCAAGGCUGCGUCUGCAAGACCAGACGAGGGAUCGCGGCCAUUUCCUCUCCACCCCUGUUUGGUCAGUCCGGACUCGGAGCUGGCCUUCCUCCGCUGUGUAGCCAGAAUACUGCUGCUAUGUCUGCUGCCACAAAAGGAUGCCAAGUCACAUACACUACGCUGCUGCCUCACAGAAGUCAUCACUACUAAAGUGUUGAAGCCUUUGGUGGAGGUGCUCAGCGAUCCAGACUCCAUUAACAGGAUGCUGUUGUCUCAGCUGGAGCAGAGGGAGCAGCAGGCUGAGCAGCAGAAGAAAGCAUACACCUACGCUGCCUCCUAUGAAGACUUCAUCAAACUGAUAUCAACCUCUGCUGAUGUCAAUUUCCUCAAACAACUCAGGUAUCAGAUAGUGGUAGAGAUUAUUCAUGCCACCACCAUCAGCAGCCUGCCUCAGCUCAAGAAGCAGAAAGAGCGAAAAGGUAAAGAGUCAGCAGCAAUGAAGGCCGACCUGCUGAGGGCCAGAGAUAUGAAACGAUACAUCAAUCAGCUGACCGUUGCUAAGAAACAAUGCGAGAAACGGAUCCGCCUACUCGGUGGACCGAACUAUGAAAAUAACGAGGAGGGAGGCGGUGAUGACAGCGAUGAUCCUCAGAGUCAGAAGAUCCUCCAGUUCGAUGACAUCAUGUGUAAUCCAGGCUACAGGGAGCAUUUCAGAGUUUACAUGGAGAGAGUUGAUAAGAGAGCUCUGAUAAGCUUCUGGGAGUUGGUGGAAACUCUGAAAACUGCCAACAAGAAUGAGGUGCCCCAAAUCGUUGGGGAAAUCUACCAAAAGUUCUUUGCAGAGAGCAGGGAGAUUCCAGUGGAGAAGUUCCUCCUCAAGGAGAUCCAACAGAGUCUGGUGGGGAACAGAGGAACACAAGUCUUUGUCAAAAUACAGGAACAGGUGGCUGAGACGAUGAGAGAGCGUUACUACCCCUCCUUCCUGGUUUCGGAUCUCUACGAUAGGCUGAUCAGACGAGACGAGCAGAACAGCCAAUCACAGUGUAGCACGGAGGAAAAGGAGGAAGGGUGUCAGGGUCUAGACGCAGGAGAGGAGGUGGGUGACGAGGGCAGUAAAGGAAUCAAUGAGCAGGUCAGCUACGCCGCCACUAAACUCCGACAACUCUACGACAAACUGGAGUACAAGCGACAGGCCCUGGGCUCCAUCCAGAAUGCACCCAAACCGGACAAAAAGAUAGUGAGCAAACUAAAGGAGGAGAUAGGAGCCAUGGAGAGAGAACACAGCGAACUCCAGCAACAUAUAACCAGGACUGACUGGUGGUGUGAAAACCUGGGGCAAUGGAGGGCUACUAUCACUACUGCUGAGGCUACAGAAGAAGGCGGCGAGACUGUUGCUUCUUACAGCGUGUGUGUGAGCCUGGUAGAAGGAGAGGAGACGGCCAACAGCCGCUGGAGCGUCCAGAGGAAACUCACUGAAUUCCAGAUGUUGCACCGCAAACUCACCGAGUGUUUUCCAUCGUUGAAGAAAGUCCAGUUACCAUCACUCAGCAAACUUCCCUUCAAAUCCAUCGACCAGAAGUUUUUAGACAAGAGCAAAACACAGCUCAAUGCCUUUCUACAGCGUCUACUGACAGAUGAGCGAUUGUGCCAGUCAGAGGCUCUCUACGCGUUCCUCAGCCCGUCUCCAGAGCACCUUAAGGUGAUGUCCAUUCAGAAGAAGUCUUCCUUCUCUCUGGCUUCCUUCCUGGAGAGGCUACCUGGAGACUUCUUCUCCCACACUGAGGAGGAGGCUGACGAUGACAGCGACCUGUCAGAUUACGGUGAUGAGGCAGACGGGAGGAGAGAUGCUCUGGCCGAACCCUGCUUCAUGCUCAUAGGAGAGAUCUUUGAACUCAGAGGAAUGUUUAAGUGGGUGAGGAAGACUCUAAUUGCACUAGUUCAGGUGACAUUUGGACGAACUAUCAACAAACAGAUCCGGGACACGGUAAACUGGAUCUUCUGCGAGCAGAUGUUGGUGUGUUACAUCAGCGUGUUCAGGGACAACUUCUGGCCCAACGGGAAGCUGGCACCGCACGUCAAGGUCCGAACCGACACCGAACGCAUUGAAACUAAAGAACGGGCUCAACAGAAACUACUUGACAAUAUUCCAGAUGCACUAGCGAAUCUAGUUGGCCAGCAGAACGCUCGCUAUGGAAUCAUCAAGAUCUUCAACGCCCUGCAGGAGGCUAGUGCCAACAAACAUCUUCUCUAUGUGUUGAUGGAGAUGUUACUCAAGGAACUGUGUCCCGAACUCAGCACGGAGGUGGACAACAUCUGAAAACCGCAUCCAUUCGACACACACAGAGGCAGAGUCUCCGGGGUGGAAUCGAGCGAGACUCUUGCCAGGUUUCAUCAUUUUAGGCCUUUCUGUAGCUGACCAAUCAUAAACUGCCAAGCUAGACAGGGAGAGAAGGCCUUUCGGUGUAAAACCUGAGACAGAAAGCAGCCGCGUUCUGUCAGAGCUCGAGACGCGCGCCGGUUCUGUCGGUAGAACUUUGCUGUGAAAUGAUGAAAAACCGGGUUUGACACCAGACUGGAAGUGGGGGGUGGGAGGGGGGGCUGCUGCAGUUUGACUUUUGUUGCGGUGCAGAUCUAAACUUUGCCUGUCUGAACGAGGGAGAAACCACUAGAAUCUUCCCGUUCAGACAGCUGUCUUAAGUAGAGACAUCACAUUUGUACAACAUUCCCACAUUCCCACAUGAACAAAUGGUAUUUUUGACAUCAUGUGACCCACUUUCUUUCUUUAUUUUUUCAUUAGCACUGAAACGUCAGAUCUGUACCACAACCAUUUCGAAAUUCGAUCUUUGGUGUAAAUCAUGACGGUCUAUAGAUUACAAGGCAGAGUAACCAGUUUUGUCAAAAUAAACCACUUGAUUGUUUGGUCAUCAUGUUCUAGCUGAUAAUCUAUAGACCUUGAUUAAAUGCAGCAAAAGACAGUUGAAGUUCAGAUUCUAUGUUGCCUGUUACUCCAAAGGCAACCAAUGUAUGUGUGUGUAUGUGUGUGUGUGUGUGUGUGUGUGUGUGUGUGUGUGUGUGUGUGUGUGUGUGUGUGUGUGUGUGUGUGUGUGUGUGUGUGUGUGUGUGUGUGUGUGUGUGUGUGUGUGUGUGUGUGUGUGUGUGUGUGUGUGUGUGUGUGUGUGUGUGUGUGUGUGUAUAUGUGAGUGUGACUGCCCACGAACCUCUGAACAUUCCUCCUACACACAACCUGAGCAACAACACUUGUUCUGUUCUGUGAUUCUUGUUACGGCUUAUAAUUGUGCAAUAUAAUGUCAUGUAAAAGUCAUUGUGAUGAUUUUAUUUAUGAUAAUUAUUGAUAGAUUUUAUUUUUACCAAAAAUUGUUUAGAAAGCGUUUAUAUAAGCAAUAAAU